CAUUUACCAAAAUUUCUAUUUAUUCUUUGAAGGUGGCGAAUUCAAGAAAAAAUGUAGGUGAAAAAAGGGAGAGAAUUAAUGAUUUAUUUGAUGAUGAUAUUAGCAAUGCCUUGGUUUCUGGAUUUAGUCGAGAGAGAGAGAUGUCAGCUAUGGUGUCAGCUCUGGCUCACGUGGUGGCCGGCGGCAAUGAGGUAGUGGUGGCGCCAGAUGGUGCAUGCAAAAGGGGACGUGAUGAGGAAUCUAUCGUCGGACGAUAUACUCAUUCUUCUGUUGGAAUCUCUAAAUUAGGCACAGCAGCGGGUACAAGCAUCAUAGCAUCAUCAGCAGCAGCAAUCUACAGCUACACUCCCACAAUUUCACAAGAAAAUGAAGCAGAUCCAUCGUCAAGAAGAUACAGAGGCGUGCGGCACCGGCCAUGGGGAAAAUGGGCAGCUGAAAUCCGCGACCCAUUCAAGGCGGCCCGAGUCUGGCUCGGCACCUUCGACAAGGCAGAGGACGCCGCCCGGGCCUAUGACAAGGCAGCCCUCCAUUUCCGCGGCAGCAAGGCCAAACUCAACUUCCCCGAAAACGUCAGGCUCAUCCAUGCCGAGUGGACGCCACCUGAACCAAUUGUUCACAGCCGGCCUCAAUAAUCGGAGGGCAGCCAGAGCAGCAGUGAUGGAGCUCAGUUUUCUUGGGAUUACAGAAAACAGACUUCGUCUAGUUGAUCACGAAGAGAAUGUUUUUGGGCUUUCCUUUCUUUCUCGUUUCAUUUUAUUAGGAAAAAAGAUAACUUACGGAAUUGAUUUAAGAGAAGCAACAAUAAUUUCCUAAAUCAUACGAGCUGUAAGAUCUUGAAUUUUCAGAAUGAAACAUCAAUAAUUUGUGAUA